CUGCCUCGCCCCCUCCCCUGGCCUGCGCCACAGCCCCUUCUCUCCCCGCCUCCCGGGUGUGUCAGAUUUUUCAGUUAAUAAUAUCCCCCGAGCUUCAAAGCGCAGUCAGUGACAGUCAUCUGUCUGUGCGGGGGACUUCUGGGACCGUGUCGGAGCUGAGCGGGCGCAAGGCGCGCGCAGUGCAGCGCACGGACCGUGGACUCCGAGACCCCGAGCGGCCCGAGAGCAGGUCUGGGGAGCGACGGAGUCCGCGGGUGCAGUGGGUGCCGCCGUCCGCCGCCCGGCUCCGCCCCGCACGACAUGCCGGGCAUGAUCCGCAAGAACCCGGACCUCGAGUUCGACUCGCUGCAGCCCUGCUUCCUCCCGGACGAGGAUGACUUCUACUUCGGCGGCCCCGACUCCACGCCGCCGGGAGAGGACAUCUGGAAGAAGUUCCAGCUGCUGCCCACGCCGCCACUGUCGCCUAGCCGUGCGUUCCCGGAGCCCUCGGACUGGGCCACCGAGAUGCUGCUGUGCGAGCCCGGCCUGUGGGGCGACCCGGCCGAGGAGGAGGCGUUCGGUUUGGGGGAGCUGAGCCGCCUCACCCCGAACCCCGUCAUCCUGCAGGAUUGCAUGUGGAGCGGCUUCUCCGCGCGCGAGAAGCUGGAGCGUGCGGUGAGCGAGAAGCUGCAGCUCGGCCGCGCGCCCCUGGCCCCUGCGCCCUCCGCCCCGGGACCCCCACGAGAGCACCCCGGGGGCGCCGCCGACUGCGUGGACCCCGCCGCGGUCUUCCCGUUCCGGGAGACCCCCCGCGAGCCUGCUCCUGCCUCCCCGGCCGGGGUCCCCACGCCAGGCGCAGCCCCGGUAGUCGCCGGGGUCCCCUCAGUAGCCGCAGCUCCGGGGGCCGCUUCCCCACUCUCUGAAGACCGCACGGACUCCACGGCGACGCCAAGCACCUCCGGCGAGGACACACUGAGCGACUCGGAUGAGGAGGACGAGGAGGAGGAGGAGGAGGAGGAGGAGAUUGAUGUGGUGACCGUGGAGAAGCGGCGGUGCUCCUCGGGUGGCAAGGCGGUCACCACCUUCACCAUCACCGUGCGCCCCAAGGGUGCGGGCCGCCCGGGCCCCUGUGAGCUGCCUCUCAAGCGCUGCGCCCCCGUCCACCAGCAGCACAACUACGCGGCGCCCUCCCCCUUUGAGGAGAUGGAGGAGCCCCUGCAGAAGAGGCCCAAGGGCGAGGCGGUGCUCCGGCCCCUCAAGGGAGUGGCCCCCGCCGCCAAGCCCAAGAGCGCGAGCCCGCGGCACUCGGACUCGGAGGACAGCGAGCGCCGGCGCAACCACAACAUCUUGGAGCGGCAGCGCCGCAACGACCUGCGCUCCAGCUUCCUGACGCUCAGGGACCACGUGCCCGAGCUGGUGCGCAAUGAGAAGGCCGCCAAGGUGGUCAUCCUGAAGAAGGCCACGGAGUAUGUGCGCGCCCUCCAGGCCGCCGAGCAGCAGCUGCUGCUGGAGAAGGAGGCCUUGCAGGCCCGGCGGCGGCAGCUGCUCAAGAGUGUGGAGCUCUCCAGGACUUGCUAGGCGUCCCUCGACGAGCGGCCGCAGAUGGACGCUCACUGCCACGUUUUGCACAUUUGGAUUUUUAUUUUUAAACGUUGUGUUGACAUUAAGAAUGUUGGUUUACUUUCUCCAAUCGGCCUCCUUUCGUGUUUGGAUCUGGGUGGGGGCAGGACCUGUGGGGUUCUGUGGGAUGUCUAGGAGCUCUCCCAGGAUGCUGGGUGGCUCCGGGCCUCCUCUGCUGCCCACCCCAUGGCAGCUGCGACGUCUUGACUGUUGGGAGCCACAGCCUGGGACACCGUGGUUCCUCUCCUUUUUACAAUGGUGCUUAAACUCCAGCCGUGUGCGCCCCGGGGACGUCCGUGUAAAUACUGUGGACACCGCCUUGUCCUGGUGAGGAGGUGGCCGUGGCCCGGCUCUGGCAAGUGCUGUAAGGAUACCUCAAUGUUUGAGGGGCAUGGUUUGUAUACGAAUCUAUUGUUAAUCCCGGUUCUGUGCUGUACUAAUUCCUACACUGCCUGUAUACUUUAGGAUGACGCUGAUAUAUAACUACAUUUGAUACUUAUAUUUUCGUAUGAAAAUGAGUUGUGAAAGUUUUGAGUAGAUAUUACUUUAUCACUUUUUGAACUAAGAAAAUUUUGUAAAGAAAUUUACUAUAUAUAUGCCUUUUUCCUAGCCUGUUUUUGUUUUUUCCCUCUCUUAAUGUAUUUGUUCAUGUUUGGUGCAUAGAACUGGGAAAUGCAAAGUUCUGUGUUGAAUUUCUUCAAAAUGUAUAUAUUUAGUGCUGCAUUUAUAGCACUUUGAAAUACCUCAUGUUUAUGAAAAUAAAUAGCAAUUAAA